UGGGCCCAUUCUAUAAUGGACCUGAAAGGUUGCCCAGUUUUCCUCCGCCUCUACCGAGAGAUUUUCUACUCUUGUCUGAUUCUCUCAGUUUGUGAAGAAGCUCUGGAAAUGUCGCCUAAGACGUUAAUGGCGCGUUCUUUCGUUUUUUCAGGAGCAAGUAAUCCAUUGUUGACGCGAAUGCGUGGAUCGGUUCCUUUAUUCGCUAGGGUUACACAGACGAAUCAAUGGUUGGGGAGCACUACCAGGACCUUUAUCUCGUCGAGUAGAGAAUUCCAUGGCCGAGCUCAAUCAGGUUUGAAUUUUCGUGGUGGUCGUCGGAAGAUCUUCACUUCCACUCCUAUUCGAGCUGCUCAUGUGAAUGACGCUGGCUCCAUUGACUCCCCACUCAUCAACUCCAUGCAAAUCAAGAUUAAGGAGCAUCUGAAUGCAGAAUCAGUCUCUGUAAAGGAUGCUUACGGAGACGGUCGGCACGUCAGCAUCGACGUGGUAUCUUCAGCCUUUGAGGGGCAAUCAGCAGUGAAUAGGCAGAGGAUGGUGUACAAAGCCAUAUGGGAGGAGCUUCAAAACACAGUACAUGCAGUUGAUCAGAUGACUACCAAAACCCCAAAAGAAGCAGGAACUGAUCAGUGACAGACAAAGAUAGAGGUCUGAUUCCCCUCCGCGAAUUUACUUACUGCCUCUUGCAUUUUUAUCCUUUGCUUAGAGUUUCUAAUGAAAGAACUCUACGUUGGUGUGGUAAAGGGGGUUCUAAGUAGUGUUGUUUAAGUUAAUAGGCAUUCAUCUAAUAACUGUUGCAGUAUAUUUGUGCACCGUGUUAGUGCAAUGGUUAUUUGGGAAUAAAUUGCAUAUCCAUAUUUGAUAUCUGCUGCUCCCCAUGAAUUUUCUGUCUUUCUUUCAUUGCUUUCAGUUGAACUGGAUUUUGACACCAUCUUUGGCCGUGUCACAAUUCUUUUGUUGAGUCAAAGAAAAAUCUUGAAGUUUUUGAUAUUGAAUUAUCAUUUUACAAUAUCUCAAAUUAAGAGGAAAAGGGUACAAUACAGGUAUUUGUAUUCUGAA